AUGGAGACAACCACAGAUCAGAAUCUAAUACAUGAUGAAUGUAUGAUUUGUUUAGAAAAUAUGGAAGAAAAUGAUUUAAUUGGUAAAAUACCAUGUUGCCCCACAAAAUUUUAUCAUAAAAAAUGUAUUGAAAUUUGGUCAUCAAAAUCAAAUAGUUGUCCAACAUGUAGAAAUAGAUUUUAUAAAAUAUUAAUAAGUUUACAAUCAAAACCUCAAUCAAUUAUAAAUACAUUAAAUAUAAAAGAUAAAUUAUUACCAAAUCCUGCUAUUAAUCAAAUCCCAUCACAAUAUAUUAUAAAUAAUCAAUCAAUACAACAACAAUUACAACAAAUUAUUGAUAAUUCUUUAUUAUCUUCAAAUAAUUUAUCAAAUGAAUACUUAAACACUUCAGGUUCAGGAUUUUGUUGUAUAUGUACUAUAACAAAUAGAAGAAAUAAUACAACUUUAUUAUGUCAACAAUGUGGAUCAAAUUUUCAUCUAAAUUGUUUAGGUGUAAGUGAUUUAUCAGAAGAAUAUUUUAAUUGGUAUUGUCCAAUGUGUGAUUAUAAUGAAGAAUCAAUUAUACCCAAUAAUAAUUUAAGAUCUUUUAGAAGAACUUUAUUCAGUAGCGGUAAUAAUAACAGUAGUAGUAGUAGCAGAAGACAACGUAUAAUGCAGGAUCAACAACCAGGUAGAAGUGUACUACCCAAUCAACGAAGUAGAUUAAUAAUACACAAUGAGAAUAAUGAAUUAAAUGAUGACUUUUUAUAUAAUGAAGACUUUAAUGAUGAUUAUGAUAUUGAUACAAGUGAUGAACCAAUACUCGAGUUUAGUGAUUUACAACAAGAACAAGGACAAAUGAGACUAGCUGAAUUUCCAAGACCAACUACAUCAUCAAAUAAUAGUAAUAUAAUAAAUGGAGGUAUACUACUAAGAAGAGAACAAAAACAAAUUGAAAACUUAUCAGCCGAAGAAGUUAAUUCAUGGGAUAUGUUUGAUAAGGCGCGAAAAGAAUCAAUUGUUGAAGAAACUAAAGAUCAUCAAGCUUCUCAAACAGUAGAAUCAGAAAUACCGACAGCUUCAAGUACGAAACAAAGAAGACGAAGACGUAAAAGAUCAGCAGAAGAUCGUAUUGAACCAAUGGUAGUAGAAGAUAGUAAUCAAGUCAAUGCUGUUAGUCCAGUACUCUUACAACCAUCAACAAUCCAGUCCUCAAGUAGAAUUUCAAAUUUAAUAGAUCAAUUAAAACAUACAAAAAAGGCACAUACUUCUUCAUCAUCAUCUUAUCAACAUUAUCAAUAUCAACAUCAAUUCCCACAAGCUUACAUUUCAAAUGUAGGUUCUCAGUCAGACUCUUCAACAUCAAUGGGUAAUAGUCCAAUGGAGUCGACUGCUUACUCAAGUGACGAUAAUGAUUAUACAAGAAAUGUUGGUAAACUCCCUAUGGAAAAAAGCUAUGAUAAAAACGAGUCAAUCAAUUAUAUUGAACCAAACAAACAAGUUGAAUUAACAUAUGAACAAAAACUAAAGAUUCAGAGACACGUUAAGAACAAAUUAAGAUUGAAAUAUAAACCAGGACAUAAGAUUAUUAAAGAGAGUAGUAGCAUCGAUAAUAAUGAAGGUUUUAUAACGAAUGAGGAAGAGUUCAUCAAGAUCAACAAGAAGAUAUCGAGAAAAAUAUAUAGUCAUGUUUUGAAUAAUCAAAAUAAGAACCAUUCAACUAUUGAUGAAAUUAUUGAGGAUGAAUCAUUGGUACAAGAGUUAAUUAACAAGUAUGUAUAA